GAGAGCGCUGUUGAAGUUGCCUACCAGAAAUUCCUUGCCACCGACAUCAAGGAGGGCCUGCAUGCCCGUGCCUGGUCCUUCCACCUGAAGUCCCUUGCCUUGGUGCGACCGUCGGCGAAGUCGGCGCAGCUCUUGCUCGACCGCGGAGCCAUCGUUGAAUCUGCAUUGGCCGGGAAGAAAGAUGAACGGCUGCGAGCUUGCGAUGAACCGUUUGUGCAGAGGGUGGACUGGCUCGUUUCCUGCUGUGCCGUCUCGAAACAAAUUGGGCCCAUCAUCAACCGUUGGAAGAUCCCCGUCAGGUUCGACCCGCAGAGCCCGCUUGUUGCUUGGGCUGUGGAUCAGAGCGUGGAUCUGGAAUCGGAGGAAGAGCUCGCGAGGUGUCUGCCGGAGAUCGCCGAGCAGAAAGGGCAAGAGAUCGGCUUGACAGAAUGGAACCAGGACGGCAACAUCCGCCUUUCAAUCUUCAAGCGGUGGUACUGCGUGCCCGACAUCGCAGAUGCAUAUCAGAGGGAGCGAGAGCUGCAGUGGAUUUCAACAGAGGCCAAGAAGGCAGGGUUGUCCUUCGACCUGCUCGAGAAGAUUCAGAAGCAGCAGGAUGGAUGGUGGGACGGCAAUAAUGACGAGGCUGGGACAGAGCAUGUGACAGAGUUCCGCCCAGAGGAAAUGCUCUACCUGAUGCCGAAAAGGACUUGCUGGCUCUCGUUUCCCGCCAGAUACGCGCCUUGCUGGGAUGCUUUGACGGGAGAGUCGGCGACAGAUUCUGUGGCCUGCAUCUUCCAUGCCGAGGAAAAUGGCCCGAAGGAACGAAGCAAGAAGACCCCUGUUUCCGCGGGCUGCCAGCCCAAGGCACCCUUUGCACCUGCUUUGGAUGUGUUUGUGGAGGAGAGGGAUGAGAGGGAUUCAGGGGCCGGGGGUGCUGGAGUCUCCAGGUUUGAUAUCCGCAGCGCUCUGCAUUUUUCUGGCUUGUUCUUGCUUGCACCUUCCGCGCGUCACGAGGACGACGGCGAUGGAGAAGGGGAACGUGGUUGGCAAGGCAAGUGGCUCGAGAAGGUUCAAGAGGCCGUCGAGAACGGUCAGCGCUUGAAGGUGGCCCUCCCUCCCGGGCGGCUGGGCGCGACCCAGGAGAUGGAGAUGGCAAAGGCCAAGGAGAUGGGCUGGAGCUACGAGGAGGUGGACGUCUUCGAUGUGCUGGAGGAUCAGUUUCCGCGGGGGCUUUUGGUCGACGCCUGGUGCGAGGCGACAAUGUCCUGGCGGAGAGGAACCGUCGAGGAGCAGGAUGUUGUGAACACGGAGCAGGAGGACGGUUCCGAUGACACCGUGGUGCGAUGGACCCUGCGAUGUCAGCUUACCGGGCAGACCUUCGACGCCUUUUGCGUUUGCAGCACUGCUGCCACCAUGAAGGCCAUGCUGGAUCAUUUCAGCGAUGCAAAACUGCGCGGGAUCCUAAUGGAGUGCCUUCCGCACGUCGACGUGCUCGACAUCGGCACCCAUCGGCUUCGCCCAGACCUCGUGGCCCUGAGAGCCAAGCUGCGCAUCAAGUCCAUCGGUACCCUGCACAAACUCAGAAAUCGAAUCCUCAAUGACGACCUCGAGCGAGACAUCAACGCGCACCUGGCAGAUCCCCGCUGGGAGGUGGAAGUCAGCAAAUCCCACUUUUUGGAGAUGUACGACGGUAGCCUCCGAGCGCUCGACAAGCUGACGUGUCACCAGAGAGAGCGUCUUAGUACCAUCAAAGGCUCGGACAUGGUGCACUUGUUUGCUCCUGCCGGUGCCGGCAAGACCUUCGUUUCCGUCGAGCGGGUGAUCGAUGCCCUGAAUCCUGGGGCUGAUGAGCCAGCUCCUCGCGUCCUCUAUGUAGCCGCUACCGUCGAGCUGAUCUACUACUUCGUCCAGUGGCUGGCCGUACGCAUCCGGUCUCAGAAGAAGGAUUUGGAACUUCUUUCUGCAUUGGUUGUGCUUUUCAAGCCAUACAAGAAGCUCCACCGGCUUCGUAUGGCCGUGCUGCAAGACGGGGACAUCGAGUUCGAAGCAGUGAUCAUGACCCACGACAAGAAUGACAAGUUCGAUCUCCUUGUCAUUGACGAGAGCCACAACAUGUACCGAGACGGGGUCGACCGCGGCAUUCUUGACGAUCUGCAUUGCAGCAAAAGACUUCUACUCUCCGACAACGCCCAGUCUUCGGCCGUGACAGCCACGUUUCCAGAGAUGGAGGAGGUGCAGCUGACAGAAGUGGUCCGGAGCACGAAGCAAAUCGUCCUGGGGGCUGCCUCGUUCCAAGUCAACGCCGAAGCUGCUGUGCCCGCGGGCACCGAUGGCCCACCAGUGAAGUCCUACAUCUUUAAAGCUUCCAAGGACGAAGAUGAGCGGAUGAAACACUACGCCCGGCGUGUGAUGGAUGCCAUCCUGCAUGUCGACAACGUUUAUUCGGGGGUGAGCCUGCACAAGAGGCUUGCACUCUUCGUUCCAGAUGUGCAGUUUCUGACGAAGCUGAAGAAGGCCUUGAGCCCGUUGUUGCGCGAGGGCAACAGGCCGUCCGAGGAGGAGGCCGCAUCGAAGCACCAGUCCCAUGCCGCGGCCAAGGUAUGGCAGGCAGCCGCUGCAGAUGCAAAGCAGCAGAAGCCUGCAAAGCAGGAAGCCGCUUCUGAGAAGCCACACCACCAGAAGCCGACGCCGUCUCGGCCAGAGCGCACCCGGAAGACCAAGAAAGUCCGUUGGUGGGAGGUGACAGAGGAGGUGUCCAACGUUUGGGACACGAGGAGCAACGAGGUCUCGGGUUUCAAGAAGCCGGCCUUCGACCCCUUGAGAGCUGCCAGGGUGCAGGCUGAGGCCGACCGCUUCAGGAGGGAUUACGUGGAGAAGCUGCGGGGUGCCGAUGUCGAGGCGCAGGAGCAGGCGGCAACGGUGCUUGCUGGGCUGGCUCUCCGCGACUCCGACAACCGGGCCUCCAUCGCGGCGGCCGGGGCGAUCCCUCCACUGCUGGCGCUUCUGAGCAGCAGCACUCCGGAGGUCCAGAACGCGGCCGCAAGGGCGCUUAAGGAGCUGGCGACCAGCGCAGACAACAAGGCUCUCAUCGCCGAGGCCGGCGGGAUCCCUCCACUGGUGGAGCUGCUGAGCAGCAGUAAUGUGAAGGUCCAGAGUGCGGCUGCAGAGGCGCUUGCGUAUCUGGCGCAAAACGCAGAGAACAAGGCUCUCAUCGCCGAGGCCGGUGGCAUCCCUCCGCUGGUGAGUUGUCUGACGACAGGCACGGGCGAUGCCAACCUUUUUGCAGCAGCAGCUCUCGGUUACUUGGUGGCGGAUUGCAUCGUCGUCGACCGCGAGGUCGUCCCCAUGCCGGAGGCCACCGAAAUCGCCGAGGCCAACAAGGCUUCCAUCGCAUCCGCGGGAGCGAUCGACCCAUUGAUUGCGUUGCUAAACGCCGAUUCGUGGCUGCGGGGGGCGGCCGCGCAGGCGCUUCGGCCGUUCUCGUCCCGCGAGGACACCCGUGUGGCCAUUGUGGAAGCCGGCGGGAUCCCUGCGCUGGCAGAGUUGUCAAACCGUUGCCACCCUUUUUAUCAGCACAGCGUGGCCGGGAUCUUGAACGACCUCGCGGAGAACGCGGAGAACGUGGCGGCCAUCGUGAAAGCCAAAGCGGUCCCUGGCCUGGUGAAACUGAUGGGCGGCACUGGCACCGACAGAGCUCAGGAGGCGGCCGCGGAACUUUUGCUCAAGUUGUGCGCCCACCCCCAGGGCCUGAGCGAGGCGAAGGCUUCGGGAGCCCCGGGCGUAGCCGCCGAGCUGGAAACGUCCGGGACGCCAGCGGCGCAGGAGGCCGCGAAGCGGCUGGUGGCGCUGCUGCGGCCAGGGCUCUGA